CCGCCGGCAACGAUGGAUUUACAGCAAGAGUUAGAGCAGGAGGCUUGUUGGAAACUCGAGCUGGACAAGGUUUUAGAUGUCACCAAAUUGGAUCCUUCCAAAAAGAAGAAGAAGAAGAAGAAGAGGCCGUUUAUACGGGAAGACGCUACCUACGACUCUGAGCCCGAUUAUGGCUAUGCAGAGCUCUUGAGUAGGGUCUUUGAUAUGCUUCGUGAGGAGGAGGUUUCCACAGAGAGGCCAAGAACAGUGAUGAUGCGUCGUCCCCAGCUCCUCGCACAAGGGACACAUAUAACAGUUUGUUUAGACUUUGCUCAUCUCUGCACAAUGAUGCAUAGAAAGCCAGGUCAUGUCAUAACAUUCUUACUUGGCCAAAUGGAGACAAAGGGAUGGCUCAACAAACAGCACCAGCUUGAGAUGAAGGGUUUAGUGUCUUCUCAGCAUUUCCAAGCUGUGUUUCAGAGAUACAUUGAUGCGUUCGUAAUCUGCAGCUGCUGCAAAAGUUCAGACACAGCUCUCGCGGAGGCCAAUGGCAUUUCCACUCUCAGCUGUGAGAUGUGUGGUUUGGUAGCAAUGAUCAACGAACCGAAUCCCCUGUGAAUAUGGAACUCAUCAACGUUAAGAGCCACGUGCUGGGGCAUUGUAAGAUUUAUCUUGUGAUUUUGAGAAGCAACCAGGAUAUGUUUUCUUUACAAUACUGUUUUGAAGUUACUGCCUCUUUAGAGAUGUAGGAUGGUGAAUACUGAGCAAAAUUGUGUAUUCCUUAUACAACUUCCUUAAUGAUUAGUUGCUGAGAGAA